CCAAUCUAACAGACGUUCUGUCGGCGGGCAGAAUGAAAACAACGCCAACGUGAGUGAAAGGCAGCAGAAGUUCGCUGAUUAUUCGACGGUGUGGCGAAUUUAGAAAAAUCUUUUGUUGCAUCUCUCUAUCAGGAACAAACGGUGACUAUUAAAAGGAUACGCUAGAUAAUUAACACCCUUUUUGAUUAUAGAAUGGCAGACAAAUUAUCUGCUGCGAACCACGAUGCCAAAGAAUACGGAACUUUCAAUUCUCAAGACUCGCGCGAUUCAAAAAGUGAGAAGCAACAGGUUUUGGACUCGUAUUUAAGCAGAGAAGGAAGAGGAGUACCAUGCCGCUUCGAGGUGGACAGAGAUGCCAUGACACAAGUCCUCCUAGAUAACAUUUCUCCGCCUCUAGGAGGCCUCAAUUCCUUUAACGAAAAGGUCCAGGCAGCUUUCCGGAACAAUGUGACGGUGUCAUGUGCGUGCAUAGGCAACUUCCUACAGAAAGCUUUCCCCAUCCUUAGGUGGCUUCCUGACUACAGUAUUAAGAAUGAUUUAUUCUUGGAUGUGUUGACUGGAAUCACACUCCUUAUCUUACAUGUUCCACAAGGCAUGGCCUAUGCGCAGCUAGCAUCAGUUUCUCCAAUAUAUGGAUUAUACACUUCUUUUUACCCAGUUCUAAUAUAUAUCUUAUUAGGUACAUCUAAACACGUUUCUAUAGGAACGUUUGCAAUAUCGAGUCUUCUGGCUGGCACAGAAGUCGAUUUUAUCCAUCAGCAAGAAAAUAUGACAUACAAGGUAGCGCUAGAUCAUAGGGCGUCUACGUUUAACAUAUCGGCAAACGGAACCUUGCCGAUAGAUGAGCUUCCUAUGGUUCACGAAAAAAUUCACAUUGCCAUGAUCCUGACUUUCAUGGUCGGGAUACUUCAGACAGCUAUGGGGCUGUGCCGCAUGGGCUACCUCACCUCUUUCAUGUCCGAUGAAAUGAUCAGCGCCUUCAUCACGGGGACUGUCAUCCACAUCCUUACUAGUCAAAUCAAACCAAUCACAGGAGCGAACGUCAUGAAGCAUGCUGGACCUUUUAACGUUAUUUUGACGUGGAUAUCAUUUUUUCAAAGCCUCGAUUCUGUCAACUAUAUAGUGCUGCUGCUUUCCACGUGCAGCCUGGUUUUUCUGAUUCUAGUGAAGGAAUUAAUUAAUGGAGUCAUUCUAAAAAAUUCCAAAGUUCCUAUUCCUGCAGAAUUAAUAUUGGUUGUUGUAGGCACUCUCGUUUCAAAAUUCAUGUGUUUGAAUGAUUGCUACCAUGUAGAAGUAGUUGGUUUGACCCCAUUAGGAUUGAAAGAGCCAGAACUGCCUCCCUUCGAAUUAGUUCCGAAGAUUCUAACGUCCAGUAUGAUUCUGUCCAUUAUCUGUGCGGCCACUACCCUUUCUAUGGUCCUGAUUUAUGCGAAGAAGCACGAAUAUGAAGUGGACACGAAUCAGGAGCUCGUUGCUUAUGGAGUGGGAGGCAUUUUUUCAUCUUUCUUUUUCUGCUUUCCGAGCUGCGGCUCAUUAUCCAGAACUGCUAUGCAAGAAAGUUCAGGAGGGAAAACUCAGAUUUCAAGUCUUGUCUCUUGUGCUCUAAUGUUAGUCGUUCUCCUGGUUCUGGGACCGCAGUUUGAACCACUACCCAGUUGUGUUCUAUCUGCAAUUAUUGUGAUGUCAUUGAAAUCUAUGCUGAUGUACUUCGGAGAUUUGAAGCGAGCUUGGUUUUCAUCCAAAAUAGAUGCGUCUGUCUGGGUGGUUACAUUCCUCUCAGUGGUCGUUCUGGAUAUGGAUUAUGGUUUAAUUAUUGGAAUACUCUUUUCACUGAUUACCGUACUCUUCCGAUCUCAGUAUCCAGAAACUUGCCUUCUUGGUAAUUUACCUGGAACAGAAAUCUAUAGAUGCAUUGGAAAAUACCCUAAUGUGACAGAAAUACCUGGAAUAAAAAUCUUCCACUUCGGGGCAUCGAUUUAUUUUGGGAAUAGAGAAUAUUUUCGAUCGCAGAUAUUUCAUCACGUGAGCUUCCAACAAAGCCCAUUUGCAGAAGCUCAAAUAAAGUACCAAAAUGUCCGGGCAGAACAGGGGGAAAAAUCUAAAAUUGUUGAAGAUGAUGAACAGCUUCCAUUCUCAAAUUACAAAUACGAUUACUUGAGGGUAAUUAUCUUGGAAUUAUCUGCAGUUGGAUAUAUGGAUUCGGGAGGUGUUUCAAUGCUGUUACAGGUAAUGAGGGAAUUCGCUGUGAACAACAUCAUGAUAUAUUUAGCUUGUGUUCAAGAACCUGUUCUAGAGAGUUUGGAAAGGCAAGGUUUCUUCAAUUCUGUCAGCAAAGAAUUCUUAUUCCCUACAGUUCACGAUGCAGUGUUAUACGCACAGAGCGAAUGCUUCGCUUCCUAGCAGCAUUGUGACAAGCCUCCAUGACCAUUGUACAAUUUUAUGUAUAUAACUUGUAUUUUAUUGUAGUUUUUAACAUCUCCCGUAGGCAAUUCAGAGAAUCGUGUUUUGUUGCCACAAUGCCUAAGUCAAAUACUGUGCUCGUAAUGGGCAAAAUACCAAUGCUGUGAGUGAGCAAUAAGGAUAAAUUAUGUCUUGAGAGAACUGAUAUGAUUGUUAGUAAAGAACUUAAAAAUGCAGAUAUUCUGAGUUGACUGCCUUUGUAAAUAAUAAAUAAAUAGCAAGCAUUUUUGCGCGA